AGGUCCGUUUUCUUGUUUCAUUGGGUUUUUUGAUUCAUGAAUCUUAGGAUUUGCUUCUUUUUUUGGGAGGAAUAAUUUGGUGCUUAAAUGAUUGUUAUUUUGAAUUUUCUUUAUGUGUUAUCUUAACUGAUUCAUGAGACUAAUUUGCGUAGAUAAGUUAAAAUCAGUAGUGACUUCUAGGAUUUCGUUUAAUUCCUUGAACCAAGUUAUGUUGCGUUGAUUGAGCUUCCUUUAAAUUUUAUUCCUUAAUAAAAUUUCAGUUUGAGUGAAUUUAACUUGUAUUCAAAUAUUAAUUUCAUAGAACUUUCAUAUUGAAUCUGCAAUUGGUUUUUGAGUACAUUUUGGCCUUUUGCCGUUCCAUGUGAACUGCUACCACUGUUUGAGUUUCCUUCAUUUUUUUUCCGUUUGUUUCCUUCACCCUUGUCCUGUCUUGAUUAAAUAUAGCAGCACCACAUUAUUAUUAUUAUUAUUAUUAUUAUUAUUAUUAUUAUUAUUAUUAUUAUUAUUAUUAUUAUUAUUAUUUUCGUUUUAUUAGAGUGCAACGGCAAUGCAUGCGUACAAUUUCUUUCGUUAUCAUGUUUGUGUGAUUAAUAUUUAGUUUUUUAGAUUUUAGCCUUUCGGUGGUUUUUGAGAGUUCCUGAUGUUAUGUUUAAGUGCUUGGGAUACUUCUUUGGCCUAAGUCAUGGUUAAAAGCUUCUUUUGUAUGUAAAUACUUUGUGAAAUUAAAAUGAAGUGAGAGGGUCUUAUUAGUUACAAUUAAUUUUCAUUGGAUGGAAGCAUUUUGAGUCAUAUAGGCUUAUGAAGAUUACUGGUUGUGCUAGUUGUUUUAUUAAUUAAAUGACAUGAUUUCUUAUUAGAACUCUCUGUUGCAAUCCCAUUGGAGUUUUUGAUGGUAUCAUUUUGGCCAUAUGAAAUUGGAAUCUACUUGUUAGGCAUGCUUUGUGUUCCUUGCUCAUUCUUUCAAAUGUUAAUUUACUGUCCAUUGUAUGAAUCACCUUAGUAUAUUGUUGGGAUAGUUUGGUAAGCAUUUUAAUAAAAGAGAAGUUUGUUGGGUUAAUCUUUAGGACUAGAGGCGGAAGAUUUGUCGAAUAUGAUCCUUUAUGGGUAUGAAACUAUUUAUCAUGAUUUGUGUACUCGUUUGCUUGACAUGAUUAUGAUUUUUCCCAAAUAAACCAAGGUAUGCGUACACGCAACUUUGGACAAAAUAUUCUUGUUUACUGUGAAAAUGGUCAUAACAAUUAAAUUUGAUUUUGUGGUUCUAAAAAUAUGUGAUCUAUUUUUAUGCUAGUUGUUAGAUAAUUGAUGCUAAGUGAGGGAUUGAAAAAAUAAUAUAGUAGCUUGUAAAUAGUGGAAUAAUCAAACCAAAUCGCUGGAAAUUGGGGCCUUGAGCUUCCGUAUUCUGGGCCUCGAGGUCGAGUCGGAUGUCCGACUAAGGUCAGUCGAAGAAGGAUUAACAGUUAUGAUAAAUUUGAUGGUGGUUCUUUAUGGACAAUAAUGAGUUAUAACUGAAGAACAAUAAUUAGAACACGAUUAAUGCUAGCAAUAAAUAUAAAUAAAGGGGGGCGAGAGAAAAUGUGUUAGAGAGCAAAGAGAAAGUUCUUGUGUAUUCAAUAUUGUAUGAAUGAUAUCUUUUGUCCGUGCAAAAAAUAGUAAAUGUCCCCUUUAUAUAGGAGGAGGUAACCCCAUCAUAGUAUGUAUGUAUUUAUUACAAAGUAAAGUAGCUGGCACAACUACCUAGUAGUCUGGGACAAACUGGUAAUAUUCUUGUAGGUGAUUGUCAGUUCGGACCACAUGCCUAGGGAACUUUAUGCUUACCCUUGAUAACCAUCGACUCAUGCUUCAUCGAGGUCGAGUGUGGAGAAUUCUCGAGGCCAAAACUUCGAGCUGCGCCCCCGGGUCUUCGAGGCCUUUUUGAAGCUAAGGGAAAGACACAGUGAUCAUGAAAUUGGGCCUCCCGAUUUCACCCGUAUACAGAUAGUCCCCGCGUUUCUUAGAGUAAAACGAUAAGAAACGAUCUCGAUUUCCUGCCCCUUCGAUACUUCCAUUAUGACGGUAGUUACCCCCUGCCAAAUGAUUGGUACGACAAAAUGAGGUGCCAAAAGGUCGCGUACACACAACCCUUAAAAGCCUUCGAAUUGAUUACAUCGGUUGGCUGUCCUUUGGCCUUCUCCAACGUGCGUGUUAGGCCUCUAUAAAUACUUUUUCUCUCGCUCUUUAUUGUUCACUACACCACCAAGCCCUCAAAAAGGUUCUUUCUACCUUUUCCUUUUGUUUUCUUUUUGAAACGCAAUUUUAUUUUCCCCUCUGAAAUCUUUUGAGAAUGGAAAAAACUUCCACCUAUGUCCCUCAGGAAAGUGUAUCCCCCUCUUCCUUGUUUUUGUCUAAAGGCAAAACAGUAGUGCUCCCUCGCGCUAGGGAAUGUAUUCCAAGGUCCUUUACAACAACUUCCGACUUCAAGAUCGAAAACCAUAUUUAAAGCCAGGACGACACGAGCCUGCGUCUCAAUAUAUUAGCUCAAUAACAAACGUCGAAAGGGUGAAGACUGACUGCCGCUAGGGGGACGCGGUGCUUGAGGAGAUCCCUUCUCAGGAGGAGGAUAUAACGACAUACAAGGCCGAUUUUUUCAGUGUGUAUACUUACCCAUUUACCCUUGGUCCAGUAGGGCCAUCCUUGCCUCUGAUAGACUCCGUGAUUCUCAACUUCUGCAAAUGGUAUCGAGUGACCCUCGGCCAAAUUCACCCUUCAUUCUGGCGCAUUGUCUACAUGAUCAGGUAUUAUGUGAACAUGAUUGAGGAGAUGCCCUUCACCCUCGAUCAUCUGGUCAGGAUGUAUAGUCCCUGACUCUUCUGUGGGGGCCUGAUUAAGCUCCACUAUCGAGCUUCGAGGGCCCUUUUUGCUUGUAUCGAUGAAGUUAGGAAUGGAGGGUGGAUGAGCCGUUUUGUCCGAGUUAGAACUUCAGACCUGAUUCCGGUAGAGAGAAUGUCGUUCCUCAAAAGGUGGAACAUGGAACUUUACCCUGGCGCGGUUAAGGACCUCUCGGGCUAGGUUGACUGGCUGGAUUCGAUUUGCCUAUAUGCUGAGCGCGUGUGGCUUGAUCUGCCCCAAGUUCGAUGGGAAGCCAAGGACCACGGUGAGCCUUUACUCCUGCUAUAGUCGUACCCUUUAAUAGAACUGCUGCUGAUAGCGUCCUCAUUCUCUAUGUUUACCUUUUGCAUUUGUGUAGGUCUGGGGAAGGUCCCCUUGAUGAGGGAAACUCUUCUUAGUGAAGCGGAUACCUCGAAACCCGACGAAGGAAAGAAAAGACAAAGGGAAUCGUCGAAUGAGCCUUUGGAAUCUAAGAAGACCAAAGUGGAAGAACCUACGGCUGACCCAACAGCCUUAACUCCAGAAGUAGCGGGGAGUCCCCGAGCUGAAGGUGAGGGGAAAAAUGAUUCGAUAGCAUCCGAGGGAGGGGAAAACUCGAUCAACCCUUAUACCGCAGAGAUGGUGGCUCCCAAGUCGGAGCUUGGUGCCGUCGUUGUCCAACCUUGGGCUGAAGAGGCUACCGAGGAGGUAUUGGAUAAUGUCCUUGAACCAGCUGAUGGCCAAAAUAUUCCUCGAGAUGAGACGCAUUUGGUAGGCGGUUCGGAGGAAACCAGUUCUGAAGCCCUGCAAGGACAAGAGACGACCCUGAUUGAUCCCAUCAGUAUUACUAACGUGAGUGAUUCUCCUAUGGGGAUGACCUUACCUCAUAAGGAAACACAAGAUGCCCAGAAUGAAGAACUUUCCAAUGUGGGGGCGCCCCUCGGAGGUAGAGAUGCGUUUCAGAGGCCUUUAGCCGCACCUGAGAAAAUUCUCGAGCUCGAUGCCUCACUCAUAUUCAGCGAGAUAAACAGGCAUUAUGAGCAUGUAGUUUUUGUAAAUUCUGCCUAUCGUUCUGAUCUUUGUCUCUCUAACUUGUCUCUUUCAUGGCUCCAGGCCAGGGCACUUUAUAAUCAGACCUUCGCUCAGUUUCAAGUUAAGAUGACCCGUCACAAGCGUUAGAAGACUCAUCUUGUCGAACAAGUUACCUAGUUUCAAUUUUCUUUUGUUUGAAUGUUUGCCAGAUCUCAGCGUUUUGAUAGCUUUGAUCUGAUUUGUGCAGUUUGAGAAGAAAGAUGCCCUACUGAGGGAGGAGCUCCGAGUUAGAGACUCUGAAAUUCUCGAACUCAAAUGACACGUGAGAGAGAUAACUUUCGAGAGGGAUAUCCUCCAGGGAGAGAUGGCCUUAGUCGGGCACCAAAUUCAUGAUGCGAGUAGAGGUCUCCAUACUGAGUUAGUUGCUGCGCUAUCUAGGAUCAAAAGUGAAGCCGAGGCGCUUAUAUCCUUGCAUAAAGAGGAUGUCGUUGUAAUAAAUGCUCAAUCCAGGAAAGUAACCGAGGGGGCCAAGCUGAAAUUGACUCGAGCCGUGGAGCAUGCUCGAUUAGAAUCUCGGAGGUAGACUCUUGAGGAUAUACAUGUGGGGGGCAUUGACCUGUCUGCCGAGCUUGAGAGGGUGAAGACCUUAGAGAAGAAGGAUGCUUCCCUGUUUGCUUCUGGAGGUGUGUCGAGCAGCUUUAGGAGAUGAUGAGAAUGAAGGCAGAAUCCCUAGAGGGAAAGAGGCCGUCGAAGGUCCUGGGGCCGUAGCCAGAACCUUUAGGACACAACCUCCGAUAGAGCUGUCGAAGGUGUAGACCCGAUAAUAGAUUAGCGUUCUGUUUAACUUCUUCCUUGUAAGGGCUUUUAAAGGCCUUGUAAACGUGCUUUUGUGAGCAAUAUAUAUAGAAGGCUUUUCAUUUUUUAUCACUUCUUUUUUCCUUGGUCUUUCAGGAAUAAUGUGUAGUGUUUUUUGAUACUCGGUCUGAGGUCUUAGACCUUGGGUUAGACUCUUGGGUUUUUGCUAUUGCUGAGCGAUUCGUAACGGUUGAAGAUUGAAUAUUCGGGGCCCAAGCCCCAUGUCGGGACCUCGACGCUGGUUUACCGACCCUUAGGUCUAGAGACCGGUCCUGGAUUUUACGCGUUGGGUCGGUGCGACCUUCGAUUUUAGGCUGGCGAUAGUGGCUCUUAGCGUUGGAUCAGUGUGACCUUUGAUUUUAGGCUGGCAACAGUGGCUCUUACGCGUUUGCCCUUAGGCUCUUUUAGUUAACUGUUUUGGGCUCGAUCUCCGAUUUGGGUUUUGACUUGAGCUCAUUUGCCCUUAAGUUUUUGAA